CGGGAUUCUCGUUCAUAGUCGUUAGUCCAAAUGACCUUGAGCAGUGGUAUAAGAAGCCAAGCAAGAGAGCACAUACUUUCUCUCUCGCUAUCUUCACACACCACCUUUAGAUUUACUUCAACUUAGACAUUGAUAAGUCGCGCAAGUUUUACCCAGGACUCGAUCAGCCAACGUCUUCCCACUCAAUCAUCAAAUUCAACCACGCCAUGGGAUACACCUACGUUCCAGCCUAUGCUCUGCAGCACUCGGCUGACCCAACCAUAUCGCCCAUCGAGUACACACACCGUACAACCGAGAUAUCCUACAACAUCGAACACCGAACACCCAGUCAAACCUACCGCCCACUAUCCUCGUCAAACCGACACCACCAGACGACUCGGUACCACAACACCAGAACAGUUCCAGCACCUCCGCAGCCCCACUCGGCCAGACAGCACCACUCCUCCCAUUCUCACACCCCGAAUUACGACGUCGUUCGGGUCGUCCCAGCACCAACCGAACGCUACACUGCUGUCCCCGCACCCUCCCAUCUCCGCUCGGACACACUUGGCGCGACCAAGUACACUCCCAUAGCCCAUCCCGUCCAAGCUCGCUCAGACACGAGGCCCCGAGGGACCUAUGUGCCAGCGAUUGCGCCGAGACGUGAUCUUUCGGAUGUCACGGUGCAGCACCGGCACAGGGAUGGAGAUGCGGGGAGGUAUACGCAGGAGCGGAGGGUUGUGGUUCAGUUCGAUGAACCGAGGCAGAAGGAGAGAAAAGUGAGAGUCAAGUGGAGGGGUUUCUGGUGAGGACAGGGCAGUUGAGGAUGGCUGGUGAUGGAGAGAUUGGUUGGGGGCGGAAAGGGGCGUUAGGCGGACCACGUGACUUUUAGACUAGAACUGAUAGUCGAACCCAUGUUUCCUUUUCACAUCCAGCAUUAUGAACAUUCUCUCGCGGUUUCUUUGAUCUUGCG